UAGCCUUCUUGAGUUGAGUGAGACUAAACUUCCAAGCACUAAGUUAACCAAAUGAAAUAUAGGGCAGUAACGACACAAUACCUCCACAUCGACACACACCACCUAAAUUAUCCAGGUGAGCUGCAAAUUUAAGUUAGCCUUCUGUACGCAUGCUCUGCAUGUUGACGCUUUCAUGUCUUGUGACUGUACGUGUGCUUGAACACAGUUGCCUCAGGUAUCAGCUGGAAUGGUGUUUAUAGGAAGCUGUUCGAAAUGUUGUGUGGAUCGGCGGUACAUGGCUUACAUGAAAUAGCGGGUGAAGUGGACUACAGUCGAAAGCUUAAUUUAGUGCCGGAAAAAGACUGGAAUGUUUCCGAGAUCGUGGAAAUCUUCAGGUUUGUGAUGAUAGAAGAGAAACGCUUUAUCAACAGAAGACCACAGAAACAUCUUCAUGUUUUGCUGAUUGCAUUUUAAGACAUCUUUUUGAUUAACAAAUAGAAUGACUUUGCGCAAGUGUUCUUUUUCAGGAGGACAGUUUUUGGAAGGUCCAUUACUGAAGGAUGUACUUUUAAUUACUGAACUUUUGGAACAGAUGCAUUGUUUUGUAUGGAUUACUGUUUUGUAUGCUAAGGAAACAAAUUAAAAAGAAAAACACCACUAAUUUCUCCAUGGACUUCAUGUGGUGUCAUGCCUUUACAUUGAGCCAGGAAUACAAGUCAUCAGAUAAAUAUGAGAACUAAACUUCUCAAGCAUUUUUUAGCUACGUGACUUGCUGGAAUAUGGAUCUCAAGGGUAACAAUGUAAUCACGUAAAAUUUGCCUUAUUUGAUUUUUAAACUUGUGAAGGCUGCCACGUCUGUAAUGGUGUCAUUGUGAUAAAAUGGCGUGGGUGAAGUUCUUCAGAAAACCAGGAGCUGGUCUGGGGAAGGGCUUUCAGCCCGGAAGCAUGCUUUCUCUUGCUCCGACUAAAGGCUUAUUAAAUGAACCCGGACAGAACAGUUGCUUCCUGAACAGUGCUGUACAGGUAUUGUGGCAGCUAGAUAUUUUCAGACGCAGCCUUAGGGAAUUGCCUGGACACAUUUGCUUGGGAGAUGCUUGCAUAUUUUGUGCAUUAAAGAGUAUUUUUGGAGAAUUCCAACAAAGCAGAGAGAAGGCGCUACCAUCUGAUGCUUUGCGUAAUGCCAUGGCUGAAACUUUUAAAGAAGAACAUCGAUUCCAGUUAGGGUUUAUGGAUGAUGCAGCAGAAUUCUUUGAAAAUAUUCUUGAAAGAAUCCAUUUCCAUAUUGUGCCAUCCAAUGAAAGAGAGACUUGCACUUCAAAGUCAUGCAUCACACACCAGAAGUUUGCGAUGACCCUUUAUGAACAAUGUGUGUGCAGCAACUGUGGGGCAACAUCCGAUCCAUUACCAUUCAUAGAAUUUGUUCACUAUGUCUCAACUACAGCUCUUUGUGACCAGGUUGAAAGAAUGACAGAGAGACAAGAACGACUUAGGCCAGAUAAAUUUGCUGAACUUCUGCAGGCAGCAAGUACAGCUGAUGACUUCAGGAAGUGCCCAGGUAACUGUGGACAUAUGAUAAAAAUCAGACGUGUCUUAAUGAAUUGUCCUGAGAUUGUCACCAUUGGUCUGGUGUGGGACUCUGAACAUUCUGAUCUUAAAGAAGAAGUAAUGCGGUGCCUUGGUUCACAGUUCUACCUUCCUGGGCUGUUCUACAGGGUGAUAGACGAGAAAGCCAAGCAUAGUGAAUUAUUGCUCCUUGUUGGUAUGAUCUGUUACACAAGUAAACAUUAUUGUGCCUUUGGCUAUCACACCAAAACGUCAAAGUGGAUUCUGUUUGAUGAUGCCAAUGUGAAAGAGAUUGGGUCCAGAUGGAAGGAUGUAGUGACUAAGUGCUGUCGAAAUAGUUUACAACCACUCUUGCUGUUUUUUGCCAACCCAAGUGGCAAACCUGUGUCCACUGAGGAUGCCUGUACUGAAACCAUCUAUUGUUCAUCAGAUGGAACACCGCAACUAAAUGAGCAGCAGCUAGUGAGAGAGCCGACGGUCCCCAAAAAGGCAGAUUAUCCAAAGGACAGUGGAAACAGAGAACAUAUAAACCAAACCAGUAACUCCAGAAUACCACUACCCUUUGUAACUUCUGCAGAGAAUGCAUUCAUAAGAGGAAAUAUGCAUGGUAGCGGUGGCAAAGGACCAGCUUCCUUGGUUAAGGUACUUCCCAAUGAACAAAGGAAUAGAAUCAGAGACAUAAACACAGAGCUGAAUAUGAGACUAGGUGAUGCAAAAAAUCCAUCAUACUCCCAGAGGAAGGAAGCUGAAAGAGGGUUACCAUCAAGAAAGCAAGAGGCUGGACGACCAAGAGUGGAUGAUAAACGGUCCCAUUUGAAUCGCUCUGAAGAAAAUGUUUUUCGGCUACAUCAAGAUCCUCGUGUGUUUAGCAGUCAAGGAAAAGGACCACUGAAACAUGAAAAGCAUGUUCACCACACCCUGUCACUUCAUGUAAACCGUCGAAAUCGACCACUAGUUGUUCCUGUCACUGAAUUGUCACAUAAAGCAACAAAUACUACAUCACAGGGUUAUGAAACAGAUGACAGUCAAAGCUCCAGGGACAGGGGAAAUGUCCGAAAUAGGAAUAAAGGAUGGAAGCCUAAGCGGGAGAUACUAAAUGUGGAUAGUGUUUUUCAUGGGAAUGAAAAGGACCAAAACAGUUCUAGAGACAAAACCAGUAGUGUGGGAAGGACACAGGUUAGUAAACAGUCUAUUUUCGACCCAAAAGAUGAUCAAAACAGAAAUGCCUUAGCAAUUAUACAUGAGGAAGAUUCAAAGCAAGACAUGGGAAGCAGAAUCUCACUGGAAUCUGAUGGGAAAGGAAAUUCGGAAAAGGAGAGGACUAAAGGAGUUCCAAACUUAAAGGUACGAAAUGAGAGCUGGCAGAUGCAGAGAACCGAGUCAGGUUAUGAAAGUAGUGACCAUAUCAGUAAUGGAUCCAUGAACCUUGAUUCUCCUGUCCUUGAUGGAACAAAUACACAACAGAGCAGAAUGUGUCCUGAAAUGGAUACUAAUAGUUCACAUGUUCCAGCUGGAAAAUUGCUAGGUGGCUGUGGUCACUUCAUAUCCCAGGAAUGCAAGACCAGUUUUGAAGGAAUUACACAGCCUGUGCUUGGCUUGGAAAGAGAUCGAAAAUUUCAAGAUCCCAAGUCGACAGAAUCAAAUCUGCACAAAAACAACUUUCUGCCACAAAGAAAGCAGCAAAUGCCACUGUCAUUUCAACCACAGCAUUCAACAGGCCAGCAGCCUACAGUAAAUGAUCAUUUUAAACAAGAUUCAUGGGCUCAGCAUGAUGAUACCAGGCAUGUUUCUCAUCCUUUAAAAGCAAAGGACUUGGAUUAUCCAAAACUGGAUGGUAGACUAGCUGGUGCAAUAUCUGGAGGCAGUGGUGGACCUCUUCCUGCUCAUUACAGUGGAAAUUCUGAAGGCCAUAACUUAGGUUUAAAUUUUAGUCCAACUGCCUUAAAAGUUCAUAGCACUUUUUCAAGAGCCACAUCAUCUAAGCCAGAAUUUGUAAACAUUGUGGCAUCUGCCUCUGUGUCUGAGUGGUCCACUCCUGGUCACUUCCUGUUAGAAAAAACACCUGAAACAGAAUAUGGCAUAUCAGAACACACAUACCAAAAUAUGCCACCUCCUUUACCUCCCAAAAAAUACAGACAAGGCAUAGAAGUGGAUUUGAGAGAGAGCAGUCCUGUAAAUGACACAAGGCCAACAGGCAUUGCUUUUCAGGUGCCUUCUUCCUUUACAUCCAUUCACACUAAUGUGCAUCAAUCAAAACUGGAAGCAAGCCUGUUACAGCACACAACAAUGCUAAAGGACUCUACUGAAGAGAGAGAUGCUUCUGUUCCCAAAUUAGUAGCAGAGUUUAACUGUUCAGAUAAUGUGAACAUUACAAGUGCAGGGACAGCUGGAUUGUUUCCUGCAGCACCACGUGGUCGAACAGGAAUAUGCACUAGUUUUUCAGAAGCCACAGAAAAUAUAGCACCAACUACAUAUUUUUCAGUGGACAGUUGUAUGACUGAUACUUACAGAAUGAAGUACCAUGUACGCCCAAAAAUAUAUUUCAAGGACUCUGAUAGCCAGCAGAAAGAAAAGGAGCAUCAGCCAUUCUAUGAAAUGGAACAAAGUGCAUUCCCUGGCAGUCGAGAUGCACCAUUUGAAAGAUCCAAACCAUAUCCGGAUCCAGUUUUGAAUAUUAGCCUUUCCAGGAAGAAUGCCUUAAAAUUAAAAAGGAAUGAAAUGGCCUUCUAAUAGCAAGAAAUGCAUUUAGCUGCCGAACUGGAACCAGGAGUCAAGAUUAGUGAAUGGAAUCAUCACAGAAACAAAGAUGUGGACCAUCUCAAACACUCCUGCAGUUGAAUAAGAGUUGUACAGACGCUGGGAGGCAUUCAGUGCCAGAUAUGCUCUCAACAUGACAAACAAAGAAUUACAGUGAGACCUACUUUUGCUGCCAUUAUAUUUAGACAUAACUGAUUAAUUGGACACAUUCUUCUUGCGACGCAAGUGUAGGACUUCAGGCCUCAUUAAAUUACAGGAUGCAUUUUUGUACAACCGCAUUCAAUGACAAAAAAGUUGUGUAUAGAAAUGUAAUGUUAUUUUGUUAUAAACUCUUAACUCUGCUUUUUUCUGUUCUGAGCAUUAAAAGCCUAUAAAUUUAUGUAAACAGUUUUUCACUGUUCUUCCAUUAAAAUGUCAGAAAUGUAGUAUUUUUUUAUCAUACUUGUAACAUUGAUGGCUAAUAGCUAUUAAUAUGUUUCUGAGUUGUAUUAAUUUAAUGAGCUACUUUGUAAGAAUUUUCAUGGCAGUAGACUCUGCGUUUCCUUUUGUGGAACUAGUCUCUUACAGUCCCAUACAGAUCAGUAGAGGAUGUCACGGUCAUUUAUAAAAGCAUUUCUGAGGAUGCUAUAUCACGACAGUGAAACAUUCUUUACUUUCCAUUUGCUUUGUCACAAUUUUAAUUUUAAUAAAUAAAGCAGUAAAGUA